CGUUACUGCACAUUCAGUCUUGGUUAGAUGAGUCGAGAGGAAGAUUCAUAUGAAUAGAUCGAAAAGAUUUAACGGACUUCUAGCGAGUCCCGGUUGCUGUUAGCCCCCCACGUUUUCCUCAUUUAUUAUAGGGGCAUUUUUAAAAUAGAUUUUUUAAAUUGCAAACUACGACGUCAUGGCUUCCCACUUCGACCAGGAAAAUCAACUUCCUUCGACACAAGCAGCUUCUACACGCUUUGGUUUGCGCAAAGACGGUCAACCAAAAUCGGGUCUUUCGAUCGUCAAUUCCAAUGCAGCCAACACUAAGAAGGCAUCUCAAUUGCAAGGCAAAAAGGCACCAGCAUUUACUGUGUUUGAUGAGAAUGCUACUGACCACACUGAUAAAGCCAAUAAGGGACAGAAUUGUUGGAACCCAAUUCCACCAGUUAAUGUGAAGCAACAACCUUUUGCUGAAACAAAGCAAGGAUUCUCUGUUUUCUGUGAUGGAGAAUCGUCCAAGCCUACUAGGCAUGCUCUGGCUCCAAUUUCACAAAUCCUUGAAGAUUCAGCAUGUAGUUUCAUUUCUAUGAAUACAAGCUUACAUCAGCUAGACUAUGUUCUGCAACACAAGGAGGAAUCAUCAAAAGAUGCAUUCAAAAUCCAAGAUCAUUUGAGUCCUAUGGUGAUUGAUGAAUUGGCUCUUGAAGACAACAAACCCUGUGCCACAUUUACUGAGUUGAAUCGUCACCUGGAAUCUGCCCUGCCUGAAGUUUACCUGAAGGAUAUCUACACAUAUCUAAGGAAUUGUGAGGAACGCCAUAGACCCAAACCCCAUUACAUGCGUAAGCAGUCUGACAUUACUCCCGGUAUGCGUGCCAUUUUGAUCGAUUGGCUUGUUGAGGUAGCUGAAGAGUACAAAAUUCACAACGAGACCCUCUUUCUUGCCGUCUCCUUCAUCGACCGAUUUCUCUCGCACAUGUCUGUUUUGCGUGGAAAAUUGCAAUUGGUUGGAACUGCUGCUAUGUUUAUUGCAUCUAAAUACGAAGAAAUCUACCCUCCAGAGGUUGGUGAAUUCGUUUACAUCACCGAUGAUACAUACACCAAGAAGCAAGUUUUGCGUAUGGAGCACUUAAUAUUGAAAGUGUUGGCAUUUGAACUGGCUGUACCGACAUCAAAUUAUUUCCUACAACGUUACAUUCAGUUGUCACGUUCCAGCGAGACUUGUCUUCACUUGGCAUCGUACCUGUGCGAAUUGACAUUGAUGGAGACGGAACCAUACUUGCACCAUUUGCCCUCGGUUGUAGCCGCUUCUUGCGUAGCCCUGGCGAGACUUGCCUGCGGCAACGAAAUAUGGCCAUCACACAUGCACACUUCUACCGGUUACUCCCUCGAGCAUUUGAUUCCUUGUAUCAAGGAUCUCCACGCCUCUUGGUCGCAAGCCCCAACGAAUCCUCAACAAGCUAUUCGUGAGAAGUACAAGGCCGAAAAGAGACACGUGGUUUCCCUCACAACCCCGCCACCAAUUUCGACACUUGAACUGGCGCAGUUUUAACGAAAAACACUGACCUUCUCAUAAUAUUUAUAGUAUGAAAUUUACUUGUUCUUCCCUUAUUUCCCAAAAAGGACGUUGUACAUAACACCUCAUCGAUAUCUCGACCUUCGAUCGUUUCCUUUUUCGCCAUUCCGGUCAGUCCGGCUUUUAAGCAUUUUUUUACAUUUUUUCCGAAAUUUCGAGAAAAAAAUUUUUACCAAAAAAAAAAUAACAAUUGAAAGAAUAAGAAACGCAUCGUAGUUAGAACUACGAAUUUUUCCGGAUCCUGUGAAUCGUAUCACUGUCAUAAAUUUGAAUUUUUGUACAAAAAAAAAAUCCUAAGUGUGCUGCUAGAUUUAAUACAUGACCUUGUCAAAACAA